ACAUGAUGACGUCACGUUACCGCGCCAUGUAGUCCCAGAAAGGCGGAGGUGACGGUUCUCGUGCACGUUGAUGUAUUUAUGAAUAAACGGCGGACGGUUCAUCAUCAUCAUCAUCUUCAUCAUCAGCCGGACAGUUGGUUUCAGCUCUGAGAUGUCAGUCACUGAGAUGUUCAGUUACAUUCAGGGCUUCCUGAGCGCUGACCAGGACAUCAGAGAGGUAUGAAUGAACACGAACGGUCAGAGUCUGUUAGCCUGCUGCUAACCACAGCCGAUACCCGCUCAUCGAUACAUUAAAAUAUAGUCUCAUAAUGAUAACCGAGCUGAAAGAGCACAAAUUCGAGUUAUCAAGGUCAAAUAAAUGACACCGAUAUCAUGGCUUUAUUUUAUUUUAAAGGAAAAACGUGGAUGAACGGUGUGUCACUUUACUGAAAACGUGAAUUUUAACUCUGCUCGCAGUUAUUUUUCAUGUUUGGAGUCAUUAUUUCGCCACACCCAGGUUUUUUUUGGUGGGUCAGUUGAAGCUAAAUUGGAAAUCUUACAAAAAGAAUAAUGCUACUUAUGACAGAAAAAGUGCUGCUCUUUGGAAAAAUGAUAAAUAAUAAAUAGACUUAUUAAAGCUCCUGUAAGGAACUUUAGGUUUGUGUUCAUAUUUCAUGUAGAAAAUAUAAACAAAACAAAAACAAAGCUGGUUUUGCAGCACCAGUAUUGGGCAUUAAAAAAUACUGCAAAAAAUAUAUUAUGUUGUCUCAGAUGGUGUUGUUUGCGUUUGUGUGUAAUAAAAGAGCAUCAGUUUGACUUUCUGUCUGUUUCACUUGAACUUUUUAAUUUUGCACACCUUCACAAAAUACCCCCUUAAGUCUCCCUCAUGUUUUUAUUUUUUUAUUUUAUGAAUUUCCUGUAAUAUCAAAUAAUUUGAUUAGCGAUACUUGAAGCUCCUGUGAGGAACUUUUAGGGUACCUUUGAUAACUUCUUAAAGGGAUACUCCAGCGUAAAAUUAAUAGCCACCAAACAUAUUUUAAGCUUUACCAACUCACCCACCCACCCUGAUCAUAAAUGUUCUUCCUUGAGCUGCGACAACCUGCUGCAGUCCAUAAUGGACUGGCCCGAGGUCUUGCUACAAACAAGCGGCUGCUGUAAGAGAGUGGGUGGGUUGUGUUUAGUCUCUUUGCUAAAGAAAUCAGGCAAAGUUAAAAAGAGCGGUUGGCAACAUUCCUCUCUCGAGGGGGUGUCUAACUCGGUGUUACGGUGUGUCUGACCCUAAAUUAAUUUUACGCUGGAAUAUCCCUUUAACUUUUCCAUAAGUAAAUGUAUAAUUUAAUGUAUAAUAGGUUAUGAAUAAUUUACAUAUUACAUACAUACACAUAUAAUUAACACUUAUUUAAAUGCCUUUUCUUCCAGGAUAUCCGUAAAGUGGUCCAGACGUUGGAGCAGACUGCCAGAGAAAUACUGACUGUACUCCAGAGUGUCCACCAGCCAUCCGGGUUCAAAGAAAGUGAGUGUGUGACAUACUGUGAACAAGCUUGGAGUUAUGUUUGAAGCACUUUUUGAUAUAUUUCAGAUUAAUUAUUUUCCUCUCUUCUCCUUCUCCUAGUUCCUGGUAAAUGUACAAAGGCACGGGAGUUGUUCUGCACCGUUAGGACACAAAUUGCAGACCUCAAAACAAAGUUUCCUGCGGAGCAGUAUUACAGGUAGGAGGCACAUGUCAGCUUACCCAUUCACUGUUAUAUUUUCUGUCAUUUUUAAUUUGUAAUUUUGGGUAAGAUGUUGUUCAGCUAAAAUCAGACUGUAAAAGAACAAAAAUACAAAAUGAAUUUUCUUGUGAAAUCUCUUCCUCUGAUCUAUUUGAUCCUCUUGAACUUCAGGUUCCAUGAACACUGGCGGUUUGUCCUGCAGCGUUUGGCUUUCUUGGCGGCCUUUGUUGUCUACCUGGAGAGUGAAGCUCUUGUGACUCGGGAGGAAGUGGCUCAGAUUCUUGGCAGUGAGUGUCGGUUUCAGUGUUUUAGUGUUAAGCAUCCACUGAGAGAGAACAACUGCUUUAAGUUUCAAUAUUUUUCUUUGCCCUCUUUGCCUAAAAGUUGAGGUGGUGCGGGAGAAAGGCUUCCACUUGGACGUAGAAGACUACCUGGCAGGUGUGCUCAUCAUGGCGAGUGAGCUGGUGAGUGUCUCAUCAUAUGUUCGUUAUCUGCCUGUAUUUGUCAAAAUUGAAGCCUCAUAUGACUUCAGAUUGCCCCGUCAUUUGUCUCGAGUUUAUGAAAGCCUCCAAGAUUUUCAAAAAGACUUCCAAAAUUCGAUCAGUCGGACCACAGGACAGUUUAAAGAGACUCUAGCUCAGAGAAGUCACUGCAGUUUCUGGAUGAUGUUCAUACAUAUGGUUUCCUCUCUGCAUGGUACAGUUCGAACCCGCAUUUGUCGACAUAACUACACACUUUGUGCGCACAAAAUGUGGUGGUGAAAGUGGUGACUCUAAAGGCGUGAACUGCCCUUUAACAAGCUGUUUUUUUCCACAUUCAAGUUAAGUUGUAUGAUAAAUGACUUGUGGUUUCCAACAUCUGUCUUUGUUUAGUCGCGUCUGGCAGUUAACAGUGUCACAGCUGGAGACUACAGCCGGCCGCUCCGCAUCUCCAACUUCAUCAACGAGCUGGACUCUGGUUUCCGCCUGCUGAACCUGAAGAACGACCCGCUGCGGAAACGCUACGAUGGCCUUAAGUAUGACGUAAAGAAAAUCGAGGAGGUCGUGUAUGACCUGUCCAUCCGUGGGCUGGCUAAAGAGCCGGAGUCUGCCGUGGAAAAAUAGAGCUCUAAGGAGGAGGAUGCGGUAGCCGCCCCCCCCUGGCUGGGACCUCUCCACGGCUGCUGCCCCCUUUAACCUUCCUGGAGGGCAAGACCCAGAGCUGCAGCUGAGGCCCCAGCAGCUGAGGACAGACUGUGUGAGUGUGUGUGCAUGAAUGAGUGUGUGUUUGUGGGACGGCGUGCAUGAGAAGGUUGUGAUAGAUGACAGUCUGUCAGAAGGGUGGCAGACAUGGUGCCCAAGUUUGGCGCUGUUGUUCAGAGGAUUAAGAUCGAAGGUUCAAUUUGUUGUCAGUUUCUGGAAAUCUGUGUUCAAGUUCCUGUUCCUAUGUGUUAUUGAUUCAUUGAGUUGACUUUGCAACUGUUACAUUUCAUUUGCAGUUCAACUAUAGUAAUGUUAAAACUGUUGGACACGCAGGCGGAGACCCCUCGUAAUUGAGCGCUUCUGUCGUAAAGAGCUUAUUUUUGUGGAUGUUUGUGUUUCAAAACAAACAAAACUGUGUCGUGUUAUGUUCAUGUUAGGUGGUUUUUCUUUCAGACCCUAUAUUGCUGUCAAAAAGUAUAUGCAUCCAAACAGAAAUCCAGGAGCCUUAUUUGAUGCAACAAUCCUGUGAUCACAUCAAGAAUCCAAAAGUCUAAAAUACAGCAACGCUUUCUUUACAUGUCGCAGCACUCUUACCGUAUAUAUCAACCAUUCUGGCUUUCAUAAAAUGAAAAAAACGAAAGGAAAAAGCUUCGGUUAAGAUUUCAAUCAUUUGCACCUUAACUACAGAGACCUAAUUUUCAUAAAUGAGGCUCCAGGAGAGGUACAGCCAAAGAAAUGACUAAGAUGCACUGCAUACAAUAUGAAGCUGAAGCUACUGUGUGAUUAGUUAGAUCCUUAUUUUGUCAUUUUUCCUACAUUAAGGAAUUUUUGCUGAACAGUGCCAAUGAAUACGACUGAUGAGCCAUUUUUAUUGCUUUGGUUAGGUGCUGAAGCUUUCCCUGGAAAUUCACAAGAAAAUGCAAAAUAGUCCGACUGUCACAUUUAUGCCCUGCAUGUAGUAUGAUCUCUGUUUUUCUUUUCUUUUUCGUACAUCUGCCUAAGAAAAUAGUGAUGUUUGUGUUUGCCUUCAUGCUGCAGUGAGGCAGGAUUGUGUUUUCUAGAAGUUAUUCAUGUUCACUUUUUUGCCAUUUUGUGCUUUUGUUUCUUGGAGUAAUGAGUGUAUUCCACAUGUACUGUGUAAUGAAUCGGUUGUCCUUAAAAUGCUUCAUAUUACUAUGAAUAUAUUUCUACAUUCUGCAUUUCCAGCUUUUGUCAGACUUUUACUUUUUACUUUGACUUUUUAACAGUACAAAUACAUAAAUCCAACAAAAUAAAAAUAUAUAUUUGGUAGGCAAG